CCUAACCUGGCCGACCAGCCGACCACCGCCUUGUUUCUGUGCUUGGGCCAACACACACCCGUUGCGGACUCAACCGGCCCUCAUGUCACUGCCUCCGCCACUGCGCAGUGCUCCUUAAUUUCGUAGUUAACCAGUUACACGCCCUACUUAGCUCCUCGCAACGCCCCCCAGCAGCACGACUAGUCGAAGACGCUCUUCCAACCUCAGCGGGCAUUCGCUGCAUCCCGCUCGCUUAUCUCCGCGUGGCACACGCAGGUCGUGCGAGCUGCUAGAGCCUUCGGCUUGACUGUCGCUGGCACCGCAGCGCCCACCUCGCGGAAAUCGAACUCCUUGCCCAAAAGAGGUUCCUCUUCGCGGGCACCGAGCCAUCACUCCACGCCCUUUCCAGCGCAGCGAGAUGUCACCGCUUGACGAGACGAUGAGGAGAAGCCGGGGAGAGAAGGGUGCAGCGCCGGGCAGGUCUAGAAUUACGCCGCCCAGUUCCCGCGCGCAGCGAGCGAGAGCCGUCAACGCGAACUGGUGGACGCCCAGACGAGAGUUUGGUCGCACGAAUUCCCCGCCCUAUUCAUCCACUGCGGGAUCGCCCUUGCCAAUUCCCGCCGGAACCACGUCCCUCCGAGUUCCAGCCCUCGUUAUUGUCACCAUGGUUAUUAGCACAUGCAUGGUGUCUCCUGCAACUGCGGCGCGAUCCCUGCCAUCGUCCGAGGUGGUGCAGAGCAUAGCCUUGCGGAAGCGCCAAGUGACCGAGGCGGAUGUACGGGGUAUGGGCGCGUGGGCACGACAGCGCGCCGUGCAAUUCGAUAUUAGCGGGAUGGCGAACGCGACCAGCUCGGAGUACAUGGCGGACAUUCUGGCGGUGGCGACGGCCCCGGCGGUGCGGCUGAGCAACUACCUGAACAUGCAGUUCUUCGGCACCGUCAGCAUCGGCACCCCGCCGCAGCGCUUCUCCAUGCUCUUCGACACCGGCUCCUCCGACACCUGGGUGCCCUCCACCGCCUGCCGCGCUAAUAUAGCGUGCUACACGCACAGCCGGUUCAACAGCUCCAGUUCCAGGACGUUCAAGCCCACUGGGCGCACGGUGUACAUCACGUACUUGUCGGGCAAGGUGAAGGGCGCGCAGGGCAUAGACACCGUCACCAUCGGCCGCACCAAGGUCACCAACCAGGCCAUCACGGAGGCCACGUGGCUGCCGGGGUCGGCGAACCUGGGGUCGCGGUUCGACGGCAUCGUGGGGCUGGGGCCCGUCAAGGCCGCCAAACACCAGAGCACCCCGCUCUGGAAGAGCAUGCAGGCGCAGGGGCUGCUGCGCAAGCCGCUCUUCUCCUUCUGGAUGAACCAGAAUGGCGGCAGCAAGGCGGGCGGCGAGGUCGUCUUCGGGGGGGUCAACCCUGCGCGCUACUCGGGCGCGCACACCUUCACACCCGUCGUGGGCAGCGGCAGAUACUGGAACAUUCGGAUGGGCAAGGUCAAGAUGGGCCCCAUGACCAUUUCCACGUGCAGCGGGGGCUGUGACGCAGUGCCUGACACGGGCACUUCACUCAUCAUUGGGCCCACGGCCGCCAUCCAGCAAAUCUACUCUCAAAUGGGCGUCUCCAUGUGCUCCUCUCCUCCAUGUGCGGUGCCAUGCAGUCAGAUCGGGUUGCUGCCAGUGCUGUCGUUCACCAUCGAGGGCCGCACCUUCACCCUGUCGGGCCGCCAGUACGUGCUGCAGGUGGCGCAGCCCAGGGGCACGCGCACAGGAGGAGGGGCGCAGAGCAGCGGCGGCACGGCGUGCUUUGCGGCGUUCGUGGGCAUGGACUUCGCCGUCUCGCCGCACGGCCACGCAUGGAUACUGGGAGACACAUUUCUGAUGGCAUAUCACUCCAUCUUCCACUUCGGCAACCCCAUGCGCGUCGGCUUUGCUACCUCCAGAUAAGGCACUCUCUGCACCGGACAAGAUGCCUUGACCGGUGGAAUAAGGCACACACACUACCAUGGCACAACUGGCAAUAAGGAACCCAGCCUUCAUUAAAAAAAAAAAAAAAACAAGAGGCGACUAAAUCGUCUUAGGGUUGCGGAGCUAUCUUUGCCGGUUUGACAAAUUGAAUAAUGUUUUCUAGCAUUUUACAUCGAGAUUAUGACUAUUAUCAUUUGAUGUGAUAUUAAUUUACAAUUUUGCAUCA